GCAUUACUCCUCAUUUGCAGCCAAACAGUAAUUAAGCCACAGGCGCUAUAUACAAAUCUAUAGCUAGCUAGUUUUCUGACUCUUGUUUGAUCCGGAAGGAAAACAGAUCAUGGCUGCCCCGGGAGUGCUGAAGUUGGUCUGUGCGGUGGUCAUGUGCGCGGCGGUGGUGGCGCCGUGGGCGGAAGCUGCCAUGUCGUGCGGGGACGUUACGCAGCGGCUGGCCCCCUGCUUGACGUACCUGCAGAAUGGUGGGGCGGUGCAGCCCACCUGCUGUGGCGGGAUUAAGACCCUGCUCAGCGCCGCGAAGGCAACAGUGGACCGCCAGACGGCCUGCAAGUGCAUGAAAUCAACCGCCAUGAACAUCCCCAGCAUCAAGCUCAACUUCGCCGCUCAGCUCCCCGGAAAAUGCGGCGUCAACAUUCCUUACGCCAUCAGCCCCUCCACCGACUGUUCCAAAGUGAAGUAAAGAUGAUGGGCGAUAGAUCGAGCGGUUUCAGGGCAGAGGAAAUAGUUUCCGUGAGAAUAAGACGAAAGUACGACGUUGAGUCCGGACUGGUUCCCCAUCGGCGAUUGUUACUCCUUCUCCUCCUCCUCUUCUUCUUCUUCUUCUUCUUCUUCUUCUUCUUCUUCUUCUUCUAGGUAUUGUGUUUAUGUACUCCUCUGCUGGUCGACCUUCUAUAUAUAUGUUACCACUGUUAUGUCUGCAAAA